AGCACCUGACAGCAACAUGGCGGCGGCGGGGCGGCGCGGCGGGGCCGUGGGGCAGCCAACCGCGGGGGACCCGCCGCCCGCCCGCGAGCUGGUGCGGCCCUCGGUGACGGAGCUGUCCCAAGUGAGGACCAACAUCCUGUGCACCGUGCCCGGCUGCGGCAAGGUGCUGCCCAACAGCCCGGCUCUCAACAUGCACCUCAGCAAGGCCCACCGGCUCCAGGAUGGAAAGUUUAAUGCACCGAUAAGGAAGGGUUUGAAAACUCCACAGAAAUUCUACUGCUGUCCUAUUGAAGGCUGCCCCAGAGGACCAAACAGACCAUUUUCCCAAUUUUCUCUUGUAAAACAGCACUUUAUGAAGAUGCACGCUGAAAAGAAGCACAAAUGUGACAAAUGUAGUAACUCCUAUGGUACGGAAUGGUAUUUGAAGCGGCAUAUAGAGGACUGUGGCAAGACUUUCCGGUGUACUUGUGGGUGUCCCUAUGCCAGCAGACCGGCUUUACUGUCUCAUAUUUACAGAACUGGACAUGAAAUUCCUGCAGAACACAGGGAUCCUCCUAGUAAGAAAAGGAAAAUGGAAACCUCUGUACAUAAUCAGCAGUUGUCAGAGAAAGCAAAUAAAGCAUUCAUGGAUACACACAGUAAUAACCCUGGGACUCAGGAGCUGGAAUCAUCUGAAGUGAAACUAGUGGCAUCUUUUGAAGGUUCCUGCAAUUCUAACUUCACAAAGCAAGUGCACCCAAAAUGUACACCGAAGAUGCUUUUGCCAAAGCCCAAGGUGGCCUUGGUUAAACUUCCAGUGAUGCAGCUUGCUCACUUGCCUGUGUAUGUAUCUGCAGCAGAUUCUUCUGUCAAGCCUGUUGUAGUGGCUGUUGAUAAUCAAGGUUCAGUUGUAAGUACUGUUCAUUUAUUGCCUCAAUCUGUGGGAAUUCUGAUUCCAGCACUGGAGGCGGAAACACUUGUAUUUAAAGAUACUAUGCCAGUUUCAAAAGUGACAAACUCUGGUGAUAACGAAGCAGUAAGUACUGGUGUACAAGUUGACUUGGAUAAGGUUGCAUCAAAUAGCCCAGGACAAGAGCUGGGGAAUGUUUGUCACAAGAAUAAAAUUUCUUCAAUAAAUGUACAGACUGACUUAUCUUAUAUUUCUCCAAAUUUUGUACCAGCUGCAGCCUGGACUCCCGAUUCUUCUGUAUCUUCUUGUUCUCAGACAGAUCUGUCGUUUAGUUCACAGGUUUCAUUACCCAUCAGCGUACAGACACAGACAUUACUGCCUGCUUCCAAACUGACUUCGUCCAUAGCUGCUCAGACUGAUGAUUUUAGUCAGGCUUGUUUUCCAACGUGUGGCAUUUCUAGAGAGACUCAAACCAGUAGGACGCAGGAUUCUAUCGAUGGACGAGUGCAAAUGGACCAGGCUGUAAUGUGCAGUGACAUCUUUGAAAAUGUUCAUUCAUCAUAUAAUGGUUCUACUCAAAUUGAACUUCCAGAAAAUAACUUAAUGGCUACAAAUAUAGAUCAAACCUUGCUGCAGAGGAGUAAUUGCAAGAGCCUCAAUCAAGACACAGUGAAGUCUGAAUCUCUUAUUGGCUUCAGUAGCCAGGCUAAUAUUCUUCCACCUCAAAAUACGAUGGAUAAUCAAACUCAGACAAUGGACUUGCUAAGUGAUCUGGAAAAUAUCUUUUCAGGAAACAUGUCUGGCCAGACACUGGAUAAUCGUGGCCUUUUGUCUGAGACUAGCUCUAAUGCUGACACACAUCUGCCAUCUGGUUCAUCGCAGAGCACUGGAAUAGACUUUGACAUUGAAGAGUUCUUUUCAGCGUCCAAUAUCCAAACUCAGACUGAAGAGAGUGAGCUUGGUACCCUACCCUCCGAGCCAGUUUUGGAGUCACUAGAUAUUGAAACUCAAACUGAUUUCUUAUUCUCAGAUAGUGCCACUCAAUCAUACAGCUGCAGAGGAAAUUCUAACUUCUUAGGUUUGGAGAUGUUUGAUACACAGACGCAAACAGACCUGAAUUUCUUUUUGGACAGCAAUACCCAUCUGCCUUUAGGAAGUAUUCUGAAGCAGUCUAGUUUCUCCAUGAGCACUGACUCCUCAGAUACAGAAACCCAGACAGAAGUAUAUCCUGCCACUAAAAACGUACCCAACCAGAGCAUAGAAAGCAAAGUCCAGCUCAGUAGUGCUGAAACACAGACUAUGGAUAGCUGCUUUGAGAAUCUGGGGAAUUUAUUCCUUACCAGCAACGAGACACAGACAGCAAUGGAUGACUUUCUUCUGGCUGACUUAGCCUGGAAUACAAUGGAGUCCCAGUUCAGUUCAGUAGAGACACAGACCUGUGAAGAGCUGUGCUCCUUGUUUCAGAGCUCUGACAAGCCCAGUCAUUGAGUACUGUGUGACAGAACUGUUUCCUGUGGUUUGAAAUUAAGUUAUUGGGGUGGGAGAGAUGCAUCGACCAAGUAACCCAUUUCGCAUUGUUGAAUGUAGUUACUGUGUGCGGUUGGCCUAAAAGACUUUUCAUGCUGAAGGUACUAAAUUGAAAAUGUAACUUCAACAUAAGUUAUCUGUGCAUAAAGGGGAGGGGGGGCAUAACAUGUUAAUGUACAUUUGAACCUUAAAAAAACAGUUUGUGGUGCCUAUGUUUUUUGCUCAAUCUUCUUUACGAACUGCUUCAUUUAAACUGAAGAACCUUUUGAAAGUGUCCCAUGUGUAUCUAUUUCUGGCUUAUGUAUAGGGUUCCACUGUGCUAGACCAAAACCUGUCCUGUCCAAUUCAGAUGCUUCCCUGAAUUGCAGGGGAGGAUUCUCUUAGUGUAAGCUACUUCUGCUUACUUUUUUUGGUAGCUUGUAUUUUUCAUCUGGUGUGAACAUAAUAAGCCGUACUGUCUUUUCCUUUAUGCCUUCACAGCUCUUUCUCCUGUUCAGAACAUUGCAACUUAAACACCCGUCCAGCAGCCAUAGAUACAUGUAGACUUGAAUUACGGAGCGCUGAUGGUUUGCAGAAUAUGUAGAAAACAGUAGUUGUUCUUCCCAGAUGCUACUGAUGCCCUUUGAAGGGUAGAAAAAGAGCUUAGAAUACAUGAUCAGUUGGAAAAUUGUUACAAUGUCCUUUUAGCCCGUGUCAUAAAUGGGACUAAAGUAAUUUAAAGUCUUCAGAAGGGAUUUGCUUGGAUUAUUUGAGACUGUAAGACACAAAUGUUACAAUGGUUGUGCCUCAGAAACUGGGAUGGUUUGUUUUCUCUGAAAUUCCUCUAUUUCCUAUGAAGAUGUAAGUUGGGAAAUGUCACAAUGGUUUGUAUUUCCACUACCUUAAAAAAAACCAUCAAGGAUGAGAAACUGAAUUCUGUGAAAUACUUCUUUUCCUGUACUUGGAUUUAUGCUUCCAGAACUGAAGCAAACUCACCUGCAUACAACAGAGCUGGGAGAUGUGCUCCCAAAAACCCUUCAGAAAAUAUAUAUUUUACUUUUGCACAUUGGUCAGGAGCAGGUGGUUCCUGCAGCUUUUGGAAAGUUUUCUGAGUGUAAUCAAAAACUUGGACUGAUCUGUCAAAGAGAAACAUGUGACCUCUUGGAUUUUUGUAUGUUUAUUUUACCCUUCGUACUGUGCUUGUAGCAGAGGUAUUCACAUGGAAAAAACAAAGCCAGUUGUGAAUGUAUGCUGGAAUUUGGCCUUAACUGAUUCUUAUCUUCUUGUAAUGCCUGCAGAAAUGUAGGCCUCUGGUUUUGUCCUGGACAGGUUUUAGUUUCUAUUACAUUAAUUGAAAAAUGGAACACCUUUGUGUCAUGUUCUUGGGCUUUACUUCUCUGUUGUUGGAGGUCCUGGCUGUGUGUUUGCUAGGUGUCCCACCACUAACGGCUGUCCAAGCUGCAGUUCUUGAAGACUUGCUAUGCUUUGUGCACAGCUUCAUAUCUUCAGCUCAAGGAUGUGGGAGUACAGUCACAGUUACUCACCCAACACAGCUAGCUUGUCUUCUUGAAAAUGAGCAAUACCUUUUGAUUUUAUCUUACUGCUCUUUACAUUGCCAUACUGAAGUCAACACAGUGAUCUGAUAAGUAUCAGAGUCCUGCACUGGUGGCGUAUGUCCUUCAUUUUGGAUAUAUUAAAUAUUUUUGUGAAAAUGCAAAGGCUGCAAUCAGGCUGUUUGUAGUUGCUGAAUCCCACAGUAAAGCUACUGAAAACUGGUCCAAAAUAUCAUUAGUCAAUAUUGCUUAUUCUUAAAAAUGAAACAAUUGAUUUUAAAUGGGUAAUGGACUAUUUUGACCAUUGUUUUCAAAAUAAACUUCACUGAGAGCUAUUUCUUGGUAGUACUAAAAUGAUACUUAUCUCCCUUUUUCUGCAGUUUGACUCUGAUUUGAUUUUCAAGGCUCUGACUCUAUUGUAAGUAUUGGUCAGUAGUGACUUACUAUUUUGCUCAUUCUCUCCUCUGUGUUCUCCACUGCCAUUUGAGCUGCUAUAUGAAAAGUAACAUCAGGUUGUCCACAACCUUUCAGCACAAACUUUUAUCUGGAAGUGAUACUAAUACUACUUGUGCUUGCUGUUUGCAUUUCCUGCUUAAUUAAGUUAUGCUGCCAUUGCUGGCUCUUGAUCUGGAUGUCUGUGUAAAUACUAUUCUAAAACUGAAUUAGUAGUUUAAUUAGUCUAAUUAGUGGUAGACUUGUGUGUUUCUUUUGUAUUUAAGAAGAAAGUCUGAGAUAUGCCACUGUCUUUUAACCACUGCUUCAGCAAGUCCAGUAUUUUGUCUCUGGGAAAGAUAGUGCUCCACUAACCUGUAGAGUCUGACAGAUUGCUGCGGUUGGUCAGGCUAUUUCCAAAUUCUUCAUGGUCCAUCAUGGUGUCAGAAAAAAAAACCAAACACCUUCCUCCUGCAUUUAGUUUACUGUAAGUUCAACCUUGCUGAGACUACAGCAUUCUGCUAAGAACUGGUCGGGAAAGGUGAAUUUGUUAGCUAUGCUAUCCAAUUUGUUUUAAACAAUUUCAAAAUAUCAGUGUCUUAGUUUUCUUCAGAUAGCUGAGGAUAAUCAUAAGUCACAGUUAUCUUUGCAGAAUUUAGUUUUGUGCUGUUUAAGAAGAAUACAGUUGUGUGUACAUUAAGUUCCAUGCUUGAAUUCUUCAGUGCAGCUUCUCUGGAAAGAAAAAAAGAUAAAUUUUACACCUGUGUUUGGUCAACUGAUGGCUGUAAUCCCCCACUGGCUGUUAGUGUGUGUGAGUGGGCAAAACUGAGCAGAUGUACUUGAAACUUUUGGCUUCUGGGAGAGCAUUGACUGUUAGAAAAGUUAACUGUGUUCCAGGAAAACGUAGGACACACAUUCUAAGAAAAGCACAAAACAGCCUCAGAAAAAGAGAAAAAAAAUAGAGUUCUGUCUUACGUCAUGUCUUGUUGCCUUACAUGUUUGUUUGUAUGAGAGUAAAUAGAGUUUCUUCUAUUUUUUGGAGUUAGGCUUAUGUCCGUUUCCACUACCAUGGCUGUAAAUGCUUGUUUCUGCUUUGGGAAUGGAGGGAGUCCUCCUCUGGCUCUUAAAAGCAGCCUAAGAGAUCUUGCUAGUUUGAAGUACUAAUGCUCCAGAAUCUAGCUGUGUGAAGCUGUUUGUGUCUAGAAACUUCUCCCUUCCAAAGGAUGUGAAAUCUUAAGGAAAAAGAUGUGUGCAGCUAUUUAACUUUAAAAGCUGUAAAAAAACCUCCAGUUUUAAACAGUUCAGGGUCUGUAACUUAAUGCAUGUAACUAACAAUCCUUUCCAUAUUUUAUUUCAAGACUCACUUUCACAUCUUUUCUCAAUUGAAAGAAAGCAAAAGGUUAAAUUUCCUUGUUAGCCAUAUACCUUGAGAGUGUAGAGGCAACAGACCAAAGGAAGGUGACUGCCUUCCACUGUUUUAAGUCUUUAUUGUGGUAGCACACCCUCAUGUGCAGAGACAGAUGCAAACUGAUCUUUCUGUGUGGCUGCGUAAGAGAUGUAGGCAUUGGCAGGAUUGGGAUCUUAGGGUCUUCAGGGCUUUUUGGUUUGAUUUUGACUUUUUUUUAAUAACCUUUCAAAUGUGGGAUAAGUAAGAUCAAUAGACCCAUACUGAAUCAAUGUAAGGUGCUAAACUUGCAAAAUGUUACUGAAAUGACAACUCAGAGGUGAACCAAACUUACUUGCCUUUAUUAUCAGUUUGCACAGCUUCCUUUUGGCUACUUUUGACAUUUUUCUUUCUUUCUUUUUUUACCAUCAUCUCAAUGUACAAUUUACAGUUCCAAAUACAUUCACACCAAAAUAUUUCUAAUGUUGUGAGCUUUUUCAUUCCUGUUUGGUUGAAGGUGCUGCUAUGCUUGUGUUCAAAAUAGAUCUACUGUGAAUAGACCUCCGUAACAAUUCCACUUGAACACUAUGAGGAUAGGGUUGUUGAACAGCAAGCUGCUUCAAUGCAUGGUGCAAACGUGCAUCUUCUGUUCCUUUUGUUGUGGUGGGUCUUGAUUUGAUUUGUUGUUUCUUUCUGUGGUUCAUGUGAAUCAAAAUGGGUGCUAAAAGGAUUUACUGGUUAGAGCAUGACUGCAUUUUCUUGUUUAAAGUGCCAUUGCUGUGCAGUGAACAGCAUCAAGGAACCUACAUUGUUCAGUUCUGCGUUGCCAUGCAGUCAGGUUGAUGUUUGUCUUCAUGUGUGUGACUCUUCCUCUUUACUGAAAAUGUCAUCAGACAGCCUGAAACAGUGCAAAUCUGUGACUGAGCUGCAGAUCUCUAGUUAAAAGAAGUCCUUCACUUCUGAUUCUUUCUCAUGUGCUGGUUUUUCAGGAGUAUCUUCAAUGUAACUAGCAGUGGAAUAUGAUGGGUGGCUUGUGAUGAAGUAAGCCCUGCUGUAGCCAUUUCACAGUGAGGAAUGCUUUACAUGCAUGCUUCAGGCACUUGCAGAGCUAGAUUGACAGUACUCUAUUUUACAGAUAUUUGCAAGUGCAUUUAUGGUAAAAAUAAAGCUAGGUAUGAAAGCAGCCAUAUUUUUUUCAACUUACAGAAUUCAAAACCUGAUAUUGAUCUAGUUUAAACUUGUAACUAUUUAGAAUGAUGAGUAAUGCAUCUCAUGGUUGAGCCUUUCCCAAAGCAUGUGUGAGUUAAUAAAGCUGAGCAAUGUCCUGAAAAUAUUCUCAUCACUGGUGGGAUCUAGCAGGCAAAUCUGGUUUUCAAAGGUUGUUCAUGUUUGAUUCUUGCUAUGUAAGCCAAUAAACUUGCAAUAAGCAGAGAAAAGCAAGUAUUUGUUUCUGAUACCUGUUUUACGAGUGACAGUCCCAAAGAAGGAAUGUUGUCCUAACAAUUGUGAAACAUUUAAGUAUAUCAAUGCAUGCAGCAAAAAAACAAAAAACAAAAAAAACUGUGCCAAAAUACUGAUUCAUAUUUCCUUAUGUUGGAAACUGAACUGUUACACAGAGCUACUAGUAAGUUAUUCACACAAGUAUUGAAACCUUGUGUUCACAGGUGAAGCACUUAUUUAGUCCUGUAAAUUAUACAUAUUUUGGAAUAAAGUGAAUUUCAAUCAAUUUUUGCCCUUUGUUUUCUGCUGUGAUCUUCUGUAGAGGGCACAAGUAGGGCAUACAGUGCCUGUUAGUAAGUACCACCCCUUGCUCUGCAACAUCUUAUCUUUGGAAAGCCAGCUCUCUUUUGAAUUGGUAGUUUUUGUGACUUACAGCAAUCUUACAAUGUCAGUCCUUCAUCUCCAGAGGCAGGAAAAAUUUAAGUUUUCCUGUGUUUUUCUACUUCUCAAUGAAUCCCGGGCACUUAAAGCAUACAACACAAAUGUAAUCAGAAGAUGCUGCAUUUUUAUGAAUCUGAAACAACCAUCAGGGAGGUUCUUUCCUUUAAGUGAGCCUUUGCUUAGAGUUUUUGUGCCAAACUGGAUGUAUAUAGCUUGGGCUGGAUUCUUUUGACCAGCAGCAUUUGGGCUGGAGGAGUGGUGCUCCAUCUCCUUAAUGUGUGCAAAAUUCAAUCUGCCUUUAAUCAUCUUGUACACACGAGGAGCACCUCUGCAGCAGUUUCUGCUCCCUGGUAAGUCUUUUUUUCCACAAGAGGCUCUUGGGCCAGGAGGAUUACUUGGUGUUUUUCAGCACUCUUACCUAAACCUGUAAUUUUCAAGAGUCCUUAGCAGAAAUUAACUAUGUUCUGAUAAUUAGCUUUCAGAAUAUCCUACAAUAAAAUUACAGUCCUUUUUAUUUGCUUAUAUUAUUUUGCUAUAUAUUUUAAUGCAUAGAGUAAGUUUUAAUACCAUUAAAAUUUAAAAAGCUAGACUAGAUUGAGUAGGAGCGUGGAUGAUAGUUGUCCCUUUCCCCUCCUGGAUAAGCCCUGUGCUUAGUAAUAAUGAUCCAAACCUUUUCUGUUAUUUGGAAAAUACAGAAUGCUGAUUUCUGCUCUUGUAUAUCUUGUCAACUCGCAUAUUAGUUCAGAGAAGAUGAAUGAGCACACACUGUGAUGGAAAGCUCAGCUGUACUAUUACAGUGGCUGCAGUCACUACUGAAACACUCUGUGGUGUUCCAUGCUGCUGCUUUCAGUGCUAUUACACGCUGAGGUCACUAUUUGCACAAUGCAGCUUUCAGUUGUAGUGGUAGCAAAGGAUGGAAGGUAUUUCCUGGAGGCUGGAUGCAUUUCUCUUUAGAGCAUUUAAAGUUAUCUUUGAAAGAAUCAGAUGCAUAAGGCACUGACUGUCCUUGCUGAAGUUACAGGCUAUUCCUGUUGCAAGAAUGAGACGCUGGUGAGUUUAGUGGUGUUAUUUCAGGCUUAUUAUUCAGUCGGAGCAGAUCUGCCCUACAGACAGCAGUCAGACACUUCAAACAGACCAUUCUUGUGAAGCUUUCGAAGCUGUCAAGAUGGUCUGGAAGGCAGGACAGACUCUUAAGCUUGAAAGGAAGAUUAUGGCUGUUUAGAAUUCAGGGAAGCUCCACCCAUUUUUUAAAUGCUUUCUUGUUUGGUGUUGAUGAGAAUUUACUGUUAUUCCUUCCGUUGGUGGUGAAAGCACUGCUGAUCAGUUUGCAUGUAGAUUCUGAAUUUCCUUUGCCUCAAGAAAUUGUAUCUGCGCAAGCUGACUGCAUUCCAUCAAAACAAUUGAAGGGAGAGGCAAGUUUUCUUUCUGGCUCCAGGAUUUGAUAUGUCCUGUGGAAUUGGUCCUUGAGAGGUUUGGACAUAAAAAUAAAGUGUUGAUUUAACUUUCA